UUUUUUUUUCUACACCACCGUAGGAUAUUUGUAACUUUUGCGACAAAAUGUUAUUUCGAGCUGUUAUCAAAGAAUCCCAUAUUAUGAAAGAAUUCUACAACACCAUUGUGACUCUAUCAAAAUUAACAAAGCAAUGUGUUAUGAUAAUAUCAUCCGACAAAGUAAAUUUCAUUAUAAAUGAGGAAACAACUAGUGUCGCUCCACUUAUAUGGACUGAGAUCCAAUGCGUAGCGUAUUUUGAUGAAUAUAAAAUGGAUGGAUUAGAUGCUAAGAAUAAUCAGAUUUUUUUAUCAUUCAAUCCAGCUAAUUUAUCUAGAGCAUUGCAAUUGCUACGUGGUAAUCCAGCUGUAUGCAAAAUAAAACUUUCAAAUAAACAGUUUCCCUGUUUAACAAUUGAAAUUGAACUACCAUCUCCGAAUAAUAUACAAAAUCGGCAUAUUGUUCAUGAUGUUCCAAUUACUUUAAUACCACGUGAUGAAUGGUCAUCAUACAAUAUACCGCAAACACAAAAACCAAAUAUUUGUUUGGGUUUACCAAGUAUUCGAUUUAUAAGAAAUUUAGUAGAUAAAUUAAAAAAUUUAUCACCAUCCAUUACAUUCUAUGGAACUAACGAAGGUGAAUUAAGCGUUGUAAUCGAAUCGGAUUCAUUAACGUUAUGUUCAAGAUAUCGAAACUUGGAUGUUAAAUCAACUAACCGAGAUAAUAUGGAAGUUGAUGACCACCAUAAUGUGGAAGUUGGCAUACCUGCUAAUAAAAAAAAUGUACAAAAUAUUAACUCUGGCAGACUAAAAACUAAACCUAAUUACUUCGAAUCAUCAUGCUUGGUUGACUGUAAAAAAACUUCAAUGUUUUUAACUGCUUUGCAAGUAACAAAUGCUGAAUUGUCUUUUAGUAUUAUAAAAGAUCAUUUAAUACAAAUGGAUAUUGAAAUUGGUUGGGGUCUAUUCAUCCAUUGUAUUGUUCCAGCCAUUUGCUGUUAAUUCAAGAAAUUUUUGUUAAAUAAACUUUAUAAAAUAAUUUGCAAAUUUUAUUUUUACUUCGCAAUUUUAAAUGGUAACAGCUCGAAAAACUCUUAAUAAAAAGAAACUGAAACCAAAUUCUUUAACAA